UCGCUGAUACAAAAGAAUGGCGUUCGAUCAUGGACACAUGAAUCAGCUUUAGCAUUUCGCCAUCAAAUAACAACAAGUUAAGAAGUCAGUCAGCGAUAACGAACAUAAAAUAUUGCCUGCAGGUUGUAUUUAUUUUCCACCGAAAUUAAACUAAACAAAUAAAUAAAUAAAAAGUAAAAAAUAACGAAAUGGCCACUAAAUGGUUUCAUUCGUCACCCUAUGCACCACUACCACCCAAUGCCGUAGUGGGUGGUUACGAUACUGACGGCAGUGUAAUAUACGUGGGACGAUCAUAUCAUGAAGGUAAUCAUUUGCCAGUCAAGGUAAUACCCAGCAAAAGAGCCGCGUACAUUUCGUGGGCUGGUGGCGAACAUGCCAAAUCCCAUUAUGAACUAUUGGUGGGCGAAAAUUAUACGUGGCAGCCGUGCUUUGGAGCAAAUAUACCACCGAAUGCCAUACAAGCGGGUGAGACAGUGAAUGGUAGUGAACCAUUGUUUAUUGGCCGUGGACAUUAUGGCAACAGUUUGGUAGUUGGGAAAAUACAACCCUCUCACGCUUGCCUUUAUAUACCAUUUGCCGGCGAGGAAAUUAAAUUAGACAAAUAUGAAGUACUAGUUUAUGGAGGAGCUGGAGUAAAUGCAAAUCGUCCGGAGGAGAGUGAUCUAAUAAAAUUUGAAGAUCACAAAUGGAUCCAUUCUUCAGCCUAUGCUAAUUUACCGCCUAAUGCGGUGGUUGGUGGCAAUGAUGUAGACGGUGAUAUGAUUUAUGUCGGUCGAGCUUUUCACGACGGUGACAUGUUGGUGGCCAAAGUAAUACCAGCCAAAAAAAUAGCCUUUGUGUCAUUUAGGGGUGCUGAAAUACCGAAAGAUCAUUUUGAAAUUUUAUGUGGCCGUAAUUUGGUUUGGCGUCAUUGCUAUAAUCAUAUAAUACCGGAUAAAGCCGUGCUGUGUGGAAGAACAGCUUUGGGCCAGCCGGUUUAUAUUGGUCGUGGACAUUAUGAGGGCAGUUUGACGGUUGGAAAAAUUUCCUCAGUUCACAAAGCUUUGUUUAUACCCUUCAGAGGAGUAGAGAGACGUUUGGAGACAUAUGAAAUAUUAGUAGAGGAGAAGUUGAUACCAGGAUGGCAAGUGUCUGUCUCAACAGAUCCACUGCCUCCUCCACCACCACCAGCAAUGACACCGGAAAAGCCUUAUCCUUAUCCACCUGUGCAAACACCCUAUCCUUACCCUGAAAUGAAACCACCAAUGCCAAUGCCAACACCAAUUGACCCACCACCACCUUAUGUUGCUGUAGCCCCUUGUAUGCCUAUGCCCAGUCCAUCUCCAAAUUAUCCCACACCAGCUUGCCGUUUCCCAAAACCUACACCCCAUUAUCCAACUCCAACACCAGCUGAAACUUAUCCUGGACCAUCCGAACAUUUUCCAAAUCCUCCGCCGCCAUCUUAUGCGCCUUCUGUGUCCCGUCCUUAUAACAUGUGGAUUUCUGCCCAUCCCGGUAGUACGCCUGGUAAUGCCGUACAUGCUGGCCACGACAUCGAUAUGACCACAAUUUACGUCUGUCGAGCUUAUCAUAAUGGAAACUUGCUACCCGGCAAGGCUGUACCCGGCCGUUCUUGUGCUUACAUUUCAUACCAGGGUAAGGAAAUUCAAAAACCUAACUAUGAAAUGUUGGUGGGCGAACAUUAUAUGUGGGUACCAGCCAUUCAUGGCUUUGCUAUGGGGGCCGUGGAGGCUGGACGAACUGAGUGCGGAGAACCUUUAUAUGUGGGUAGAGCCCAUUACAAUGGCAGCUUGACCUGUGGCAAAAUUCGGCGCUCUCAUGACUGCCUUUACAUACCAUUCGGUGGUCGAGAGAUCAGAAUCGCUCAUGGCUAUGAAAUUUUGGUAGACAGAAAUCAGCAUAAUCAUGGUCAUAAUGUUGCUAUAUGUUACUUUUGUUUGACAACAAUUCGCCUUAAGGUUAUACAAAUGGCUAUCAAAUGGUUCCCAUCUUCAACGACUGACUUGCUACCAAGAAAUGUUGUAGGUGGUGGCUACGAUAGCGAUGGCAGCCCCAUAUAUAUAGGACGUUCAUACCAUGAAGGCUGCUAUCUACCAGUGAAAGUAAUACCCAGCAAAAAAUCAGCGUAUGUGUCAUGGGGUGGCGUCGAACAUUUCAAAACAAAUUAUGAUUUAUUAGUGGGUGACAAUUAUAGUUGGCAACCUCGCAGUUUUACUAAAGAAACUAUUCCAUCAAAUGCCGUCAGCACGGGUCAGACAAGUAGUGGUGAAUCCAUCUUUAUAGGCCGAGGACAAUAUGAAAAUUGUUUAACAGUUGGAAAUAUCGUGCCUACUCAUGGUUGCCUUUAUAUUCAUGUUAAUGACAUGGAAAUUAAAUUGUUAAGUUUCGAAAUUUUAAUUUGCUGUGACGAUACUAAGAAAGCAUUAACAAAAUCCAUAGCCUCUAAAUUUUCGCCAGAUAAAGAGUUACCCGAACCAACAUUUCAAGUGACAGAAGUCAGAGCAGUUCCAUAUUGCGAGCCAAAUUAUUCGGACCAUUUAAUAACUACUCAACCUCAACCACUGUCGCAGCCAGCUGAAACGCAACCAGACGCUACAGCGUCAUCUUCAAAUCCUCAACCAAAUGUAGCGCAACCAGUAGCUGCAGCGCCAUCUUCAACAUCUGCCCAACCGGAUUACGACGUUUGGGCAUUGGCACAACCUGAUAUUCUCCCCCCAGACGCAGUACAUGCUGGUUAUGACAUCGAUGGACAACUGAUAUAUGUUAGUCGAGUUUUUCAUAAUGGAGAUUUUAUACCAGCCAAAGCAUUUCCCUCUUGCAACUUGGCCUGUGUUCCGUUCCAGGGUCAAGAGAUUGUUAAAAGUAAUUUUGAGUUUUUAAUAGGCAAAAACUAUAUGUGGGUGUCUCCAUAUCCAUUUCCUACUGGAGCUGUAGUAGUGAAUCCCAUUUCCACAAACGAAGCUUUAUAUGUGGGUCGAUCAAAUUACGGUGGCAGUUUACUGUGUGGCAAAUUUCAACGUUCACAAAAUUGUCUCUACGUACCGUUUGGUCGUCGAGAAAUUCCAAUUACUAGUGCUUAUGAAAUUUUAGUACAUAAAGAUAGAUAUUCGAGUGCAAGUCAACAACAAGCCAGUAGUGGCUGCUAAAUGUGACGACGUACAACAAAUUGUAUUAAUAAAUUCAAUAAAUCUAGAAUUUUUAUAUCCCGAAAA